CCAAGGCAACCGGCGGGCACGCGGUUGUCCUGGAGACCGGCGGGCGCCUCAGUCUCUCAAGGGAGCUGCCUUUGCCCGCACCCAGGCAUGAUGUUUCGCCGAGGUUAUAGGGCCUCUGAAAGGCGAAGACAAGUGAGCGAUCGCCUCAGCUGGCAACAAGACCAGGCGCUGAGCAGCAGCAUCUACCUUCUACGAGAGAUGGGGCCCACUGGCUUCCUGCUGAGGGAGGAGGAGCCGGAAAACAGGGAUUUCCGAGUUUUUCUAGGAAAUCCUCAUGUUUGUAACUGUUCCACAUUUCAGAAAGGAGGGGAACUUUGCAAGCAUAUAUGCUGGGUCUUGUUGAAAAAAUUCAAGCUUCCAAGGAAUCAUGAAUCUGCUUUGCAGUUAGGUCUUGUGGAAGGUGAAAUCAGUGACUUACUUCGGGGUAUACAUCGAGUUCAAACUCCCCAGCAAGGAAUGAAUGAUGCAAAUGUACAUAUUGAAGAAGAUGGGUGCAUUAAACAAAAGGAAAUUGGUUCAGAUGAUAUCUGCUCUAUUUGUCAAGAAGUACUUUUAGAGAAAAAGCUUCCUAUUACCUUUUGCAGGUUUGGCUGUGGCAAUAGCAUUCAUAUAAAAUGCAUGAAGAUCUUAGCCAAUUAUCAGAAUAUGAUAUCGAACACUUCCAUGUUGAAAUGUCCUCUGUGCAGGAAAGAGUUUGCACCAUUAAAACUUAUUUUAGAGGAAUUCAAAAACUCUAACAAACUUGUGACUGCAGCCGAGAAAGAGCGACUGGACAAACACCUUGGAAUUCCUUGUAACAGUUGUAAACAAUUUCCAAUUGAGGGAACGUGUUAUAAGUGCACCAAAUGUAUAGAAUAUCACUUAUGCCAGAAAUGUUAUGAUAGCUGCUGCCAUCUCCCUCAUCCAUUUGCAUUUCGUGAGAAGAGAAAUCAAAGAUGGAGAUCGCUAGAAAAAAGAUCAGAUGAAACUGUAAAAUAUAUAGAUAUUAAAAAUGAGAUACAAAAAAUGUCACAUGUUCAGGAAAAACAAGGCCAAGUUUACACACCAAAGCACGUGGUAAAGUCAUUGCCUCUCUUACUAGUCACAAAGAAUAGUAAGCUGCUUGCUCCAGGCUACCAGUGUCGACUUUGUUUGAAGGCAUUUCAUCUUGGUCAACAAACGAGAUUGCUACCAUGUACUCACAAGUUUCAUAGAAAAUGUAUUGACAGUUGGUUACUCCACAAGUGCAAUUCAUGCCCUAUUGAUGGACAAGUUAUAUAUAACCCUUUAAUCUGGAAAGAUACAGCAGUGAAUGGACACACACAUCAGUCUGUUUCAAACACAGACAUCACUCAUCUGUCAAAACAGGAAGAACCAGAACUUUUUAUUCCUGGUAUUGGAUUAGUCUUAAAACAAAAUAGACUUGGAAUUUUACCUAGCAUACCUCAACAUAGUUCUGAAAAGUUGAAUACACCUGAAAGUCCAACAGAUGUCUAUCAAAAUAUAACAAUAGAUGACCUAAAGUCUUUCAAAUUAGAUGAUUCAAAUUCAAGAAAAUUAAUCUAUGAAUAUAAAAUUAGCCAACAUUUCCCCACAUAUCUUCAAGAUUUAUCCACUGGAUCUUUUGGGAAAAUACCGUCUCAAACAUUUCUUCCUUCUAUUGCUCAAAAGAAUAUUGUAUGUCCCACUGGAAUGGAAAGCCCACAUAUCAGUGAAAAAUACCACAUUGGUCAAAGCCAGAAGAUGACCAGGGACUAUAAACGAAUUCACCACAAUACAAAGAAGAUGCUUGGUACUAGAAUAAAAGAAGACAACAGGAAAUCAAGUACUGUAUUUCCAAAAGAUUUAAAUCUUAUUGUCGAUUGGGGUACAAAUAAACUUAGUUUGUCUAAAAGGUAUAAUAAUUGUAUGGGUAAAAUUAGACAAAAAUGUAGUAGUCUAUCAAGAAGACCUAUAUCUUACCCUUUAAAUACAAAGAGUACUGAGCUAUCUUUAGUAUUGGAAGGUCUUCAAUUAUGAAAAUGUGCUUUUAACACCAGAAAAUAUUUGAAGAUUGAACAUAAAAAUUUUUAUUUAUAGAACAUAAAAAAACCACUGUUUUCUAUUGACAAGUGUAUAUGAAAUUCUCUGUUGUCAUUUUGCCUGCUUGCCUAUGAAUAACUACACUUAAAGGAAAUAACCCCAUUCCUUAUAAAACUUAAAGCAGUAGGUACCUUGGUGAAUAUGUUCAGGAUGUAAUGAAUUAUGAAUAUUUUUAGAACUUUUAUAUCUGAUUUUAUGCUGAUAAAAUAAUUAUUUUUACUUACAUUAAGGAAAUAGAUUUUUCUUGCAUUAACUCACUGUUUUCAAACAUUCCACUUGAUAACAUAUAACAUGCAGGGAUUCUUUCCAUGUACUUGUGUCAUUUUCGUAUUUUCUUGCACUACUCACCACCACAAGCCUAUAGGAAAGUCCAGAUGGCAGUUUUCUUUUUUACUUUAUUUCUUUAAAGGUGUUUUCUUAUACAUGAA